AAACCAGCACGUUUCACUGUGUGUGCAGCCGAGCGGCGCUGCGCUGAGCACCACCUCCAGCAUCACCACCACCAGCAGUGGCAGCAGACCGGGGAGGGGUUUUUUGGAGCACAAUUGGAGCUCCAACGACGCAUAUGAACGGCGGCAGGCUCGAGAGCAGUCGAUGAUAAUGGCUCGCUGGCUGGUUCCCGGUGGCUCUGGGGACAGGCGAGACUGUUGAAUGAGCGGAGGUGUUGCUGUCCGAGGUGCUGAAAAAAAGCCGCCGACCGGCAAACCGGUUGCUGUCCCCUUUUUUUCCCCCAGUCGAGACGAUACGCAUGAACUGACGUGAAUGCCGAGCAGCAACAACAACGGCGCACCAGUUCGGCGGUUAACACAGCAGCACCCCCGGCCAGAGUAAAUGGGAGCGUUAGAAAGAUGGAGAGAUUUGUGUUCCUGCUCGUCCUCAGCUGUCUCUGCGUCUCUCGAGUCACAGCGGAUAGCUUGUCGCCUCCUGUCAAUGUGACCAUCAGAGCGGUGAAAGCAAACUCUGCUGUGGUGACAUGGGACAUUCCCGAGGGAGAUCCCGUUAUUGGCUUUGCCAUCACACAGCAGAAGAAAGACGUGCGCAUGCUGCGAUUCAUCCAGGAAGUCAACACCACCACACGCUCCUGUGCAUUAUGGGACUUGGAGGAAGAGACAGACUACAUUGUGCAUGUCCAGUCCAUCAGCAUGUCUGGGACGAGCCCGCUGAGCGAACCCCUGCGCUUCCGAACGCCGAAGGAGGCCGAGACUCAGGCCUCUAAGAGUAAAGACGAGGUGACGAUGGAAGAAGUGGGCCAGAGCACCCAGCUGAGGGCGGGGGAGCUCAUCAUCAUCGUGGUGGUACUCAUCAUGUGGGCAGGUGUGAUCGCUCUCUUCUGUCGCCAGUACGACAUAAUCAAAGACAACGAGCCCAACAACAACAAGGACAAAGCCAAAAACUCCUCCGAGUGCAGCACUCCUGAACAUCCGACGGGGGGGCUGUUGCGCAGUAAGUUCCCCAAGAACAAGAACAACAACAAUAGGAUGCCAUCUGUCAACAUCAUCGAGGUUUGACUGCCAGGAUGUCGUCUCUUUAUCCAAAAGACUUUGUGUUCUCACAAACAAGCGGGCCCCUUUUAAGCCCAUCUGCUUGUCAGGAUGAGGCUGGGACUCAGGGCCCCUCGGCGGCGCUUUACUCUCCUUUGGCACGGCGCCUGCCGCUGAAGCAACGCUGCUCGACUCCGGGGGUCAGGCACGGCCUGGCCGGAGCUGGUCUGAGAGCAGAGUCUGCAGCGGAGUGAGUUCAGAGGCUGCACCGUGCUCAAUAACUACUGUACCAUGGGGCAGAUUGGGGCCAAGUGGCUCCGGCGGUGGAGAGACUGCAGAUAAACCAACCCCAGGGGCCAAAGUCUAAGAACCGAGCCAGAGACCUUUUCAUUCUCUCUCUCCGUCACGUCUUACUUCUCACCGUCGUUCAGUGCAUUAUCAGCAAACACAAAUACGACAUUUCAUAUUACUGAGUGGCUAUGAGAUGCACCUUCUACACCUUAUUUACUUCAUAAUAUUCAGUUUUCUACGCUUUCUGAAUUGAAGAAAAACACUGUAGAUCAUUCAAGUGUAUUAUUGUAGUUCAUUUACUUUAAACAAGGUGCCACCAGAGCAGUCCUGUUCUGGUAUCCUGUUUUGUUGUUAGAUCCUCCCUCAGGCACAAACUCCUGUGGGAAAUGUUAUCAUUCUGGCGAGCUCAUUUUCCCCCCUCAGGGAAUCCACACCCCACCUGGCCAAUUUAGGAGCCAUUUCUUAGAUGUGCUGCGAUGACGCCAGAGCAGCCUUAGAGAGAUCACUCAGCUCAGCUGAAUCACCUCGUCACAAAAGACCAAACUCAUCCGCUCGUAUUGAAAGGCACGUCUGAUCUGAACACAUGUACACGGUAAAGUGUGCAACAGGCCAGGUGUCGCAUCAUCUUGGUCACGUUUGCUUUUGUCAUUCUUUCAUGCUUUUAUUAUAGAUUUCUAAAAUGUUACAUUCCACGUCCAGGAUGAGCCCUUUAGUAUUCCCUCGUGUCUUUCUGUGAGGGUGAUGAAUUUCAAAGUAUUAUGUCAUAAUGGAGUGCAUUCAUCGAAUUAAUGGACUUGACUUUAUGGAGAAGUGUAGAGACACUGAAGAGAUCCCUGAUAUCAGCAAUAACAGCGGAAGCAAAGACUCAAACUCUGUAGCCUGUUCGUUCAAAACUCGAGCUCCCAGCAUGCAUUGUUCAGACGGAUGAACAUCGAAUAUGAGGGAUUUAAUGCUGAGCCUCGUUAGCAGGUGAUCCCUCAACUC